AUGCCUCGACGUUGUUUCUCGCGAGAUAGCUUCAAUGAACGCUUCGGACAAAUGCACAAAAUCAACUUUAUUGUUGCACUUUAUGGUAGCGGCGGAAGAGCGGAUCAUGUAAUGGGGAUACUGAAGACAUUAUUCAUCGCUCGCGACCUUACUGAAUUACCCGUUAUGCUGGUUACAGAAUCUUCAAUUUCCUGGUUACUAAAGGGUUCACAUGCCAUUAGGCUUGAAAGUGAACAUAUUGGUACCAAGUGCGGAUUAAUUCCUUUAGGUCAUUCUUCUACUGUUUCUACAACGGGUCUUGUGUGGAACCUUGGGAUUAUUUCAACUUCAAACGAAGUAAAUGAUACAAAAAUCACCAUCGACUGUGAUCACCCUAUUCUGUUUACAAUUGAAAACCGAAUGGAAAUUUCGCGCUGA